AACUUGUAAAAUGAAGGACGUUAAUCAACAGCAACAUCUCAGUCCUUUGAUCGUCCAAUCUUCUAAAAUAAAUGGAUGGUUAAUAUCUCGAAAUUUGAUACAACGAGACUACCCAAAGAAGCUAAGGGAGAUUGAAUGCAAAAUCGAUGACAUUAUCAAUAAAAACUCAGAUAUAUCCAUACAGAUUUCUGAAAGUUCAUCGUUGUAUUUAGGAUGUAGAGAUAUCUUGGAUAUCUUAACGCAAACAGACAACAAGACCGACUUUUUUGGACGUUCGAGUCCACUGGUCCGCGCAUGGUCGGAAAUUGUUAGUUUGUUUCAAAAGAACAAUCUGUUUUUCGCUGAGGUUGGAGAUGCAAUUAAUGAGUUGUCAGCUGUGCAAGUUCCUAGAUGUAAAUUGUUUAUUGCAGAAAGGCAGAAACAUUUGUUGAGCUUACAUCAAAAGCUUAGGGAACAGAACUUGAAUUUGAGCCACAAGGAAGAGCUUUUGGAAAAGGUGUACAAAGAAUUCCGGUUUGAUACUGAAGAGAAAAACGUCAAGUUGCGCCUUCUUGAGGAGGCCGAAAAUGUCCCGAAAUUCCUGGCAGACUUUGUCCGUUCUCUUGCUGCUUUAGAUACAGCUCUUAAGCUAUACAACAGCUUCAAAACAUUCGUUGUAGGAGGGUUAUUUGGCAGAAAUGAUAGUCAUGCCUGGUGAAUAUGUAAAACCAUCACUCAAAAACAAGAGGGAGUAACUCAGCAAUUCCUUACUCGUAAAAUGUAAUGCUGGCCAAAUUACUCAAGUGCUUUAAUUUGAAGGAUCACAUAUAUUGAGUGAAGUACCACGGCAGAUUCAAUGUAAUUUUCAAGGGACAUGCAUCUCCGGGUUCAUUGAAACUUCAAGAUGUAAUGUAUAGACAAUAAUAAAUAAUACUGAUAACAAUAUAUCACCUUCCUGA